UGGAUAUCACGCAACUCGGGUGGACUGCCAGUCUGUAGGGCAGUGGGUAAUAUUGAUUUUAUAAAUCCAGCGAGUGUGGAUGUGAAAUUAAGGACGUUCCAGGGUUUCGGGGCUCGGUUUAAGGAAGGAUGUCAACCGGGUUGGAUGGGUACGGCGAGAGUAUACCGAUGUCACAGCGGGGGAUGGCGAGGCCGAAGGUCGAUCCUGACGCGCUCGGCGAGGUCGACCCUGAGGCCUACCCUCAACCAAAGGAAGCAACGCACAAAAUUAGAGGAAAAUCGGAUAUACUGGAAAUGCUUUGCGGUGCCUCCGUCGACCAAGAGCUUUUGACUGUCAAAACCUUCUAUUUCUUCUUUUAUUCUGCGUUCGGAUCGCUCUUCCCACUCAUGGGCAUAUACUUUAAGCAGAUGGGGAUGAACCCGGGCCAGUGUGGAUUCCUCAUAGGGUCUAGGCCCUUCAUUGAAUUCCUAUCAGCGCCCUUCUGGGGCAGUCUGGCUGACAGGUAUCAACAAGGGAAAAAAUUACUUCUGCUUUCGUUGCUUAGCUGGAUCCUUUUCACUCUUCCACUUGGUUUUAUUCAGCCUCCUGCGAAAUCAUGCGUCAUUUACAAUACGACUCAUGUCUACCUAGGAACACCACAAGUCCAUGACUUAGCUAAAAGAGAAGCCCCAAAUUUUAAUUUUGAAAAUAAUUUGGAGUCUGAACAUCUUAUCAGAAGGAAAAGAUCGACAAGGAUAAGACUGCAACCAGGAAUGUCACCAUUGGAUUUAAAAGAUUUUCAUAUAAUUAAUUAUGAUGAAAAAGAACAGAGUGGUUGGGUCAAACCGUUGUUUAGCUCGAUUGUUUACAGGACACAGGACAUAGAAAAAGCCUUCUUCCUUCUUCUUCUGCUUGUCAUAAUAGGAGAAUUUUUUAGUGCUCCUGCAAUAACUCUAGCAGAUUCAGCUGUAAUUACUCUAUUAGGUGAAGAUGCUGAUCAUUAUGGGCAUCAACGGAUGUUCGGCUCGUUAGGAUGGGGGCUGGCUAUGUUUUUUGUCGGUAUUGCAUUGGACCAUUCUACAGCUUUCCCAGACCACCCUUGUACCCCUGAUACCAAAGAGAAGAAUUACACUAUAUGUUUUGCAACGUUUUCUGUAUUGAUGGGUGCUGCGUUGAUCACAGCUACUCAGAUCACCUUUAAAUAUGAUCCUCCAGGAGAAACUUGUGAAGUAACAGAGAAAAUGCCUCCACCUGAACUUACAAGAGAAGAAUUCCUGCAGCAGCAGUUGGCUCAACAGCUCAAUUUGCCAGCACUUGCAGACACAUCAGGCAUGCAAGUUAAACCACCACCAAAUGUUGGAAAGUCACAAAUGUUUGCUCAAACAAUGAGAGAAAUUCCAGAAUGGGUCACUGUUCUCAAGCACUUUGCGAAUCUCAAAUGCGGCUCGUUUCUCUUUGUUGCAUGGUUCAUGGGAUUUGGAAUUGGACUCAUUUUCACAUUUCUUUUCUGGCACUUGCAAGAUUUCGGUGGGACGCCGACUCUUUUUGGUGUAGCUUCUGUCAUCAAUCACAUUUCAGAAAUAUUCGCAUAUUUCUUCAGUUUUAAACUUAUUUCGCAAAUGGGGCAUGUGAAGGUUUUAUGCCUUGGACUAGUUGGUAAUGUUUUGCGUUUCCUUUAUAUUUCCUAUUUGAAGAACCCUUGGUGGGUCCUCCCAUUUGAGUUUAUACAAGGCAUUACUCAUGCUGCGGUUUGGGCUGCAUGUUGUUCCUAUAUUGCACACAAUACUCCUCAGCAUCUUAGAAGUUCAGCUCAAGGUGUCCUUCAAGGUCUGCAUCAUGGCCUGGGAAGAGGUUGUGGUGCAGUUUUUGGAGGAUUGUUGGUAACCUAUUUUGGAUCAACAGCAACAUUUCGAGGUUAUGGUGUAGUCUGCCUGUUGGUUCUUGGAGCUUUUAUAUUUAUCAACUUCUACAGGAAAGAUGAAGGUUUUGUCUCUGAAAUCCCAGUAACUGAGGAUCCCCGUCAGGUGGCAGAGGAAACAGCGCAUUUGGCACCACACGGUGUACCAAGCAAUCCGAUGCCUCGAGCGUUAUCCAGUACUAGGCUACACGAGCUGGCAGGGAAUGAGAAUCAAGGGUAUGGUGCCACAUAUAAUACAACUGGUGGCAAUCUAGAUAUUCCAGGACAGUAUGCUCCACCUCAACCACAGCCACCAAGUGCAGGUAUUACAAAUCCUUUCAUGCAAGACAAUAGUAUAGGAAGUGGUGGAGGUGGUAACUACAAUUAUCAAAACCACUAUGUUCCUCAGCAGGAAUCAACUAUGAUGCACCAAUAUCAACACUAAGUUGAUGGAUUAAUGGAGUUUUAUUUGAAUUUUGUCCAAUCUCUUUAUGCCAACAACAAGUUCAUAACACAGUCAGUCCUUAAACAACGAAAAAAUAUAUAAAUAAGUUGUAUCUUUUGAAGAAUAGCACGAUAUUUUGAACCACUUAAUGCUUUCAAUUUAGCCACAAGCAAAGGACAUACUGAAGAAGUGCAACUAUUGUACUAACAGAAUCAUUAAAAGUACAGAAUCUUCAAUUAAAAGUGUUAGUUUAUUUUAUGCAAAGCACCUUUUAUCAAUUAAGUAACAUUAUGUUGUAAAUAAUAAUACCUAUAUGCUAUUAUUAAUAUAUGUAAUUGCCUAAAUCUGCUGUAUUAUGGCAAUGUAAAUUAACAAUAACUCGAGAUUUCGUUUAAUUGCAAAGGUAUAUAUUUAGAAUGUAUGUGAAACACUAAACGACUUGCCUUUGUAAAAAAUAAUAAUAAUAAAAUUUAAUGCUUAUUAGCCAACUGUGUUUUUUUGAACGGUAUUUUCAUGUUGACACAUGUAAAGAAAAAAUUGUACUUGAAACAAUAUUCAUAAAAGCGUCGUUUAAAGCAAUUUAAAGAAAUAUUGUGUAAAUAUGUUUUUAAAUUAAAUUUUAGGAAAAAUUGUGAUUUAAGUAGAUACCAAUAAGUUGAAUAGUUUAAUUUUGUAAACAACAUAUUUAGUGCCAUUACCUUUUGUUGUGGUUUUGGAAGACUUGUGAAAGAAAGAAAAUAAUUUCAAAACCUUUGGAAACAUUUUAAAUCCUUCCAGUUUUUAUAAAUAAUUUGCUAAAUAUUUGCUAAAAGGAUUGAACUAAUAUUUAAAUACUUAUUUCUGGAUAGCACAUAAUGAUUAAAGUUUUACAAAAAUAGAAAACAUUUUUAGAUAAUUGUGUAAUGCCUCAAAAGUUCAAUUAAUAUGUUUUUAAUUUCAAUUUUUGUUCUCUAGAUUAUAUUAGCAAGCGACACUAAAAUACAAAUUCAACCUUACAAAAAUACACUCUUACAUAAGAAUUUGAAGUUUUGAGUUAGGCCAAUUUUAUUGCAUAUUCUAAAUCAAGUUUCUUCAUGAUUUGAUUUUAAGAGAUGUAACUGUUGAUACUAAUGAGAAAAGGGUAAGGAUGUUUUAAUAAUAUAAUGCAAACUGCUUUGCAUUUGAUGAUGUAAGCUCUGAUUCUGCCAGUGAUGAUCGUGUGAGUUCAAUACACAUUCCUAUUCAAACACUAAAUUGUCUUUGAUAACAAAACAUUAGAGUAAUUGCAAUUAUGAUACCAAUUUUCAAAAUUAUAAUUAUAUUUUCAAUGAAAAUACUAUAUUUGUAUUUAUGUGCCUUUUUUGUAUUGACGAUCAUGAGAAUUUAAAAAAAAAAAAAAAUAAUACCACAGAAAUAUUCUAAACAGAUCGAUGAUAUGAAAGAAUUGCGUAGUCAAAAAAAGUUAUAUUGUUUUUGAGAAAAUAUAAAUUGAAUACAUAAUGACACACUCACAUACAUAUACAUAGCAUCAACACAACACAUACACACAUACACAAAACAAGAUUGUGAUUAUGGUACAUAUCAGUAUUAAUGCUUGUUACAUUUAGUUAUAGUUUAUGUGAUCGAUAGUUUGUGUGAUUGAUUCAAUUUAAGCAUUUUCAAUUAUGCUUCUUGUUGUUUAUUUGUUGUUUAUGUUUGGAUAAUACAGUACUGAUCAAUGUGUAUUAGAAUUGUUUCCAAAAAAUUUGAUGUCAAAAUACCAGUGCUAAAAAAAUUAGAAAAACAAAAUCCUAACAUAAUCUCUUAAUUGAUGUUUACAAUAAACAGUAAGAUGCAAUAAAUUUUAAUGAGACAAAUCAUAGGUUCUAGAUUUAUUUAAGUUGUAAACAACUUAUCGAUAGAAAUCAAGAGAUUAAAAAGGCCUAAAAAUUUGUAAAAAUAAAAGUAUGAAUUUAAAAAUGAAUAAAAAAGAAGGGAAAAGAAUUUGGU